AUGUGGACUACGGGUCUACUCUUGGCUUUGGGCCUGCUCAGCCUGUUACCAUUGGGACUCGGCUCAGACUAUCGGAAUCUCACGGAGUUUAUGAAGCAUCGCCAGAAGCGCUGGUUGAUCUAUCAAAAUAGUGGAUCUAUGAAGUUCAGCAUUGGCCCAUCGCUGCCAAUUCCGCUGGAGGAUAAGGUGACCUUUCGUUCCUGUGUCCUUUCGUUUACGCUCCAAGGUGGCACCUAUAGCCUGCCCACAUCGCCCAUUUGGCCGUGGGACAAGUGGGAGGGGACCUUCGCUCGAUCCUUGGUGCAGAUGAAAAGGAAUAUCGAAAGACAUACAGCCAAUGGAGGAGUCCGAUAUGCAGAUGAUGCCAGGCUAUUGGUGUACAAAGCUCUGGAGGAGUAUAUGGGCAGAAGGAAUAACGAUUUGGGCAUGGGAAGGCAAUGCCUGCUGCGAUCCAUCUGCGAGAAUGCUCAAAUCCAUCAUCAUAUUGGCGUAUUCUCCGAAAUUAUGGAUAUUAUACUCAGCCCCGGCAAAGCCGAACUGGAUAACUCCUAUCACGAGGCCUAUGCAGCCGGAAAGGCAGGAGCCAAUUGCCUGCAGCGCUACAGGACCUGUCCACGGGGUCUCAACUUCCUUGACGGGCUGCUGAUUGUGGAGGAUGAUUGA